ACGUUUCCGUGCGACGUGUGUGUUCGCAUCAAUAUAAAAAUGCAUCUGAUGAGCACUUGGCAAAUCAGUUCAAUUAACCAAAUUUAUAGAGCAACAGCAGCAGCAAUAUCAACAUCGGCAGCGGCGACAACAUCAGCAAACUUCCAGAGGCUAAUUAAGGAACGACUAGGAUGACAACAGCAGCAACAACAACAGCAAAUCGCACGAUGUUGCUGCCAAUUUUGACAUCACGUCGACAUUUAAUUGCGCUCGUUGUGGUAACAACAUUAGCCUGCUGCCAAAUGUGUGCAGCACAGAACUCCACGUUCGUAGCAACAAUUGUCAGCUCGAACAACACGUUGCAGUCGGCAAAUGAGACGCGACUCAAUGAAACGAUAACAAUCAAUAUUAGCGAGAUAAUUGCUGCUGCUGCUACUGCUGUUGAGACGGCUACAGCAACAUCAACGACAACUGAAGCAAUAUCAACAACUGUGGCAGCAACAAUUUCAACGACAACAUCAACGACAACAGAAGCAACAUCAACAACGAUGGCGGCAACAACACCAAUAAGCACACCAGCAACAUCAACAACUGUGGCAGCAGCAACCUCAACGACAACAGAAGCAACAUCAACAACGGUGGCGGCAACAACAUCAAGCAGCACACCAGCAACAUCAACAACUGUGGCAGCAACAACGGUGGCUGCAACAACAUCGAGCACAACACCAGCAACAUCAACAUCGGUGGAGACAACUACAUCAAGCAGCACACCAGCAACAUCAACAACGGUGGCAGCAACAACAUCAAGCAGCACAACACCAGCAACUAGCACAACAGCAGCAACAGCCACAACAGCUGCAGCAGUCUCAACAAGUAGCACGACAUUAGCAGCAACAACACCAUUACCAGAUUUAAGCAGCUCAACUGCAGCAGUAACAUUAACGUCAACAUCAACAACAACAACAACGACAACAGCCUCAACAAGCUCCACAGUGCCAACAACAGUGACAGCUACAUCGACAACAACCGCAGCAAGCAUAACAUCAACGCCCACAACAACUGUUGCUGCAAAUGUCACAACCCAGUUACCAACAACAACAACAAUAGCAGCAACACCAGCGACAUCACCAUCUACGACAACAACAACAACACCUCUCAUAAGCACAGUAGUUGACAGCAGCAGCAGCUCGGUAAUCACAACGACAACGGCAGCAACAGUUGUUAAUAGCACGACAGCAAUAACACCAGCAACAACAACUACCGAAGUGUUUGCAACAACAAGCUUGGAGCCCUUCCCAAUGGCACCCUAUCCCACAGUUUUUGGUCAGCUGGCAACCAUGGACACAAUCGGGACGCUGGCCAAGAAUAAGAAGGAGCGCCUGGGGCGGAAGGGACGCAAGGGGCGCAAGGGUCGUAGACGCAGACGCACCACAACGACAACAACAACAACGACGACUACAACAACAACAACUCCACGAACAACAACGCCUGGCGACAAUAAUAUCGACGACGAAGAUGCCAGCCUAUUGGAGGAUGUGGAUCUGCUCGAGCCGCUGCCAGAGCUGCCCCUGCAAUUGGGCAACAUCGACAACCAGCGCAUUGAUCAGUAGUUUUGCAAGCCGCAGCACUCAGUGAGCCCAAUAAAUUUAGAAUUAUGAAUCGUAGCUAUAUAUAUAAAUAAAUAAUUGUUUUAAUUUUUUUUUAUACAGCUGACAUAAAAUAACAA